AUGGAAUUCCAGUCUCAAUUGUUGUUGUUUUGGUGUUUCUCUACUUUGGUCACAGGCCUAAGUUGCAGUCGCUUAACAGCUAUAACAGAAUAUAGAACUAUGAGUCAGAUAUUACAAGUUCACGCCUUCCUCGGACAUUCUUUCUCAAAGAAUGAGAACUUAAUUCCGGACUCUCUAAAACAUGAUUUAAUUCACCAACGAAUCCAAAUCCCGUAUCAUUAUAUCCCAAUACAUAGAGAUGGUAUGACGGGGAAAGUAGUGGAUCCUGAUGUUAAUUUUAAACGGUCAUGUGCUACGGCUACAUCUUGUGGAAUAAAUACUGCCAACACUAGGGUUGAACCAACAAUUAUGAAAUCCAUCCAUGAAAUUAGUAAACAGGCUCUCCGUUCAACUAAGAUGGAGUUUAAUCUAUUGAGUUGUAUACGUAAAUCACCUGACUGUUCUGGUGAUUUACCAACUGUCCCUAGUAUAAUUGAUGAAUUAUUGAAAAUGGCUUCUGAGGAUGUGGUUCAGAAUUGGUGUUUUCCCAAGGGAUAUUUUCUUCGACUAACAGCUCAGAUAAGUGAAGCAGGAACUUUCUUACUACCCAAAAGAGAAACGAUCACGUUUCUUAAAAAACGAAUAAGGAGCUGCAAACCACGUGAAUCCUAUGCUACAAUAGAGGAUACUGUAACACCACUCCCGACCUUAACAAAAUUAAUUCAUAAUCCAGCAUUGCAUUGGGAUUUCGAGCUUGACACAUUUCAAAAACGUGCAAUUCUUUGUCUUGAAAACAACAAAACAGUAUUUGUUUCAGCACAUACAUCGUCUGGUAAAACGGUGAUUGCAGAAUACGCAUGCGCUAUUUGUUUACGUCGUGGUUCACGUGUCAUCUAUACAAGUCCAGUUAAAGCACUUUCCAAUCAGAAAUUUCAUGAUUUUAGGGAAAGAUUUGGUGAAAAUGUAGGACUAAUUACUGGGGAUAUCAAACUAGCUCAAGAAGCAUCACUACUUGUCAUGACCACUGAAAUAUUAUAUAAUAUGUUGUGCAAUGCAUCUGAGAUUAUCAAAAAUCUUGAAAUUGUAAUCUUGGACGAGGUACAUUAUAUUAAUAAUCCAGACAGAGGUUACGUAUGGGAACAGAUUAUGAUAAUGCUUCCUAAGCAUAUUCUACUAGUAAUGCUAAGCGCCACUGUACCAAAUAAUUAUCAAAUAGCUGAUUGGUUAGGACGUGUACGAGGUUGUGAGAUUCAUGUCAUCGCAACAGAUAAACGCCCUGUUCCACUGGAACAUUACCUAUAUACUGGCAUGACGGAACAAUAUACAUCCCACCUUCACCUUAUUGUAGACAAAGAUGGUCGCUUUAUAGAUUCAGAUAAUUACAUUGAUUCGGAACCUAGCUACGAAAGAUUAGCUCGUCAAGAUGUAGAAUGCACGUCUUAUGAAGCAAAACUUACUCGUGAAUGUAUUGGAGGUCAAUUAAAUCUCACAGAUUUGUUUUGCGAAAAUAUUUUUCCCACCGAGUGUGGUGUCACCAAGUUUGGAGAGAUGAAGACUGAGGCUGUUAUCGUGCGUGCGAUCGAAAAAGUUAGGGAUAGUGUUUUUAACAAACUUGGUUCUCGACUUUCUCAUAAUCGGUCUGUACUCAGACCAGGAGCUAUCAAAUAUGAGUCAGCAGCAAUUGAUGUUGUUUUGGAUGCCUCUCUCUCAAUUGUUCCUCGUGAGACUUUGGCCAAUUGGACUGGUUCAACUGAAAUUGGCAUUAGUUCUUCGUCAAGUACUGAAAGUUUGAAUCAUGAUAAUUACAUUGAUUCGGAACCUAGCUACGAAAGAUUAGCUCGUCAAGAUGUAGAAUGCACGUCUUAUGAAGCAAAACUUACUCGUGAAUGUAUUGGAGGUCAAUUAAAUCUCACAGAUUUGUUUUGCGAAAAUAUUUUUCCCACCGAGUGUGGUGUCACCAAGUUUGGAGAGAUGAAGACUGAGGCUGUUAUCGUGCGUGCGAUCGAAAAAGUUAGGGAUAGUGUUUUUAACAAACUUGGUUCUCGACUUUCUCAUAAUCGGUCUGUACUCAGACCAGGAGCUAUCAAAUAUGAGUCAGCAGCAAUUGAUGUUGUUUUGGAUGCCUCUCUCUCAAUUGUUCCUCGUGAGACUUUGGCCAAUUGGACUGGUUCAACUGAAAUUGGCAUUAGUUCUUCGUCAAGUACUGAAAGUUUGAAUCAUGAUAAUUACAUUGAUUCGGAACCUAGCUACGAAAGAUUAGCUCGUCAAGAUGUAGAAUGCACGUCUUAUGAAGCAAAACUUACUCGUGAAUGUAUUGGAGGUCAAUUAAAUCUCACAGAUUUGUUUUGCGAAAAUAUUUUUCCCACCGAGUGUGGUGUCACCAAGUUUGGAGAGAUGAAGACUGAGGCUGUUAUCGUGCGUGCGAUCGAAAAAGUUAGGGAUAGUGUUUUUAACAAACUUGGUUCUCGACUUUCUCAUAAUCGGUCUGUACUCAGACCAGGAGCUAUCAAAUAUGAGUCAGCAGCAAUUGAUGUUGUUUUGGAUGCCUCUCUCUCAAUUGUUCCUCGUGAGACUUUGGCCAAUUGGACUGGUUCAACUGAAAUUGGCAUUAGUUCUUCGUCAAGUACUGAAAGUUUGAAUCAUGGUAAGAGGGUAGAUAUAAAUAGGAAAACAAAAGAGCUGCUGGAAAAAAGAAUUCGAAAUUCCAAACCUCAACCGUCAUACAUCUUUCAGGUACGCUUUUGUGUAUUAAUGUCUUAA